CACCAGAACUCCCUUCCACAACAUGAGCACCGACAGCCAACCAUCAAAUCCUCUCUAUGACCUGGGAGACUUCGGCUCGGAGCCGGCCAACCCUCUGUACGACCUCGACUCAGAGUUCAACCUCAACGACUCGUCUAACCGCGGCUACGAGCUGAGGUCGGAGACCACAGUCAAGACAGAGUCGGCAGGCAACCAGCUCUACGACGCCUACGAGGUUGAUGAAACCAUAGAUGAAGCAGCGGAGGAGGUGGAUUUGCUUUCUGGGACCAACGAGAUACAGGAGGAAGAGGAGGAAGACGAACAUGUCAGCUACGAACGAACCAGGCAGCAUCAGUACAAUGACAGCGACUCCCAGGAGGUUCAAGAGGAGGAGGAGGAGGAGGAGCAGGGCCAGGUGAAGGUUGUGACCUUGGAGUACGAGAACACAGCUAUGAAUGGUGAAUCCAGGCAUUGGGUGGGGAAUUUACCAGAUGAGGAACCAGAGGAACGGCAGCGUGGUGAUUCCGAUGAUGGAGAUAAUGAUUCUGGACGAGUUGAAGUUGUUGAAGAGGUAAACAUCAGGGAAGAGUCUCUGGCAAGUCAGGUCCAAGAUCAGAGAAUGAUCACCAAGGAUAAAGAAGCAGUGCCAGGGGACGCUUCAGCAAGACGCGCUGAGGAAGACAGUCGAACGUCAGAAGAAGAAGAAGAGUUGCCCGAAGAUGAUGCCGAGAAGGGCGUACAGAUACACGUCAGUGAAUUCACCGACAUGUCGCCUUUCGAGGAGGAUAACAUCGUGCGAAAAGCUAUGGAAGUAUAUCAUGCUGAGGCGGCGAGGACUGCCAGCGAUGGUGGUGGAGUAGCGGCUGAUGGUGAAGCCAUUUAUGGGGUCAUCGUUGGCAGCAGCGGACGAGGAUUUGAAGGUGUUGAACAUUUCAGUGACGACCGAGCUGAGGAAGCCUUGGAGAAGUAUUGCUUAGACAGGGAGGAUUCUGAUGUAGUGGAAACCGUGGGACUGGCAGAUGCCAAUCGUUUCAGUGUUGACCAGGCGGAAGAAGAUCUGGAAAAUUAUUAUGUCGACAAAUGCCCGGAAUCAGACUUCAGCUGCCUACUAGCUGAUGCCUCUAAGACACAAUCACGAUUGGGCUUAGACAAACCCACUGUUCUGCAGACACAAACACUCAUUGCAGAUUCCUUGUACGUGAAUUGGAUGGAAGAAAACAAACUGGAAGAUUCACCUCAUGAUGGCAUGCUGUUGAUGACU